CCAGAGUUGGAUCUCCUGACCAACUGCAAAACCUAAGUUACGGCUGAAGAAAAGUAAUACAAAAGAUGACAGAAGAAAAUAAGUUUCCAGUUGGACAAAGGAUGAAUGCAGAAGCAGAGAAAGACAAGUCUCUGAAACAGAUGUGCUGUGCUGCAUACCCUAUUCUCUUCCUUGCAGUGCUAUUGAUUUGCCUGCCUCAGGGAAUUUUGGGUCAAACCUUGCAGGAACAAGAUGGUUUGUGCAACGCUGAGAGAUGCUACUCAGUUCACUUCCAGCGCAAGACUUUCCGGGAAUCUUGGAAAAGUUGCAAGGAUAAAGGGGGCAGUCUAGCAACAGUGAAGCGGCCAGAGGAGGCAGCAUUGAUCCAGGAUCUGCUAAAUGCUGCAGACCGUCAUGGUCCUCGUCCCAGGUUAAGGCUCUGGAUCGGUCUCCAGAGGCAGCCUCGACAGUGCUCAGCCACACGUCCUCUGAGAGGCUUCACCUGGAUUACAGGAGAUCAAGAGAUGGAAUACACUAACUGGCAACGUGAGGAAUUACCAGGUGCAUGUGCUGCCCCUCGUUGUGUGGUUAUUACCUACAACACGACAGACAAAAGUAACAGUGAUCAGAACAACUUUAAGUGGUUAGAUGGUUCAUGCUUGCUUGCUGUGGACGGGUUCUUGUGUCACUACACAUACAAAGGGAUGUGUCCUGCUCUGCAGAGUGAAGGAAAGGGACCUGCACUCUACACCACCCCUUUCGACCUGCACAGUACCCUGCUCUCUCAUGUCCCAUUUGGAUCUGUGGCCACCUUACCUUGUCCAGACAUCACCAAGGGAGAUCAGUCAGUACUCUGUAUGCUACAUGAGAAUGGAAGUGUUGGAUGGUCCAAGGAUGCACCUCUUUGCUCUGAUACUUCAAAGGACUGGUGCGAGCAGGACAAUGGAGGUUGUGAGCACUUCUGUGUAAAUGCAGGUUUUCACUAUUAUUGUGAGUGCUCAGAGGAUUUCAAAAUAGGGGAGGAUGGGCAAAGCUGCCAGCCCUUGGAUCCAUGUCACAGUUCUGACUGUGAGUUUGACUGUGAGCCCAGUCCUGGGGGAUACCGCUGCAAGUGCCCAGAGGGGUACUUUCUCUCAAAAGAUGGUCUAAAUUGCAUUGACAUUGAUGAGUGCUCACAAAAUCCAUGUCCACAAGUUUGUGUUAAUGCACCAGGAACAUUCGAGUGCCGCUGCAACGAGGGGUAUCAGCUGUCUAAGUUUGGUGAGUGUUUGGAUGUGGAUGAAUGCAAAGAAGGCAAAUGUGAGCACUUCUGUGAGAACUCACUAGGAAGCUAUACAUGUCUCUGUCAUGAAGGAUUCGCCCCUAUACCUGAUGAUCUAGAGCACUGUGAGGAUAUCAAUGAAUGCCAACAUACUGGCAUUUGUGAGCAGAUAUGUGACAAUUAUGAAGGUGGAUUUCAGUGUAGUUGUGAGGCAGGCUAUGAGUUGCAGCAGGAUGAGUAUUCAUGUUUGCCUGUCAGUGACAUGGCCGAGCAGUACACAACUGCUGAACCGGCUCAUAUGACAACACCUGUUUCAGAUGAACCUGCAACAACACCUGACACAGUAACUGAUGAGAUUACUCUGAAAUGGCAUACUGAACCUCCACGCACAGAGUGGAUCACCACAGGGUUAGACUGGUUUACAGACACAGCACAGGAGGAGUACAUUGCCUCACCUGGCUGGACAGAGCAAACCACUAAUUCCCCAGCAUCAGAUUGGUUAGAAGAUUUUCCAACAACAAAUAUACCAGCUGAUUCAAACGCUAAGAAUGAAAUAAACCCAUGGUUUGAUGAGAGCAGAAUAGAAUCACAAGGUGAAGCCCACUUACCUUCAACUCUUUCACCAAAUGGGAAUGGGGAUGCUGAUAGAAUCACUCCUUUGACACAUCAAAUUCAUAUGAGUACUUUGCCAUCCACCUCAAGCCAAGAAAAGAAUCUAGAUGGCAAAAAGAAACAUGACAGAAGCUGGUUGUUAGUAGCACUCCUAGUUCCUCUCUGUGUCUUUAUCGUAGUCAUGCUCGCACUGGGUAUUGUGUACUGUACAAGCUGUGCUGUUGAGCCACGUGACAAAACUGUAACAGACUGUUACAGCUGGACCACCAACUCCAAGCCUGCUGAAACAAAACCUGCAAAAUCAAAGGACUGAAAAUUUUGCACACAACAACAUGACUAAUAAAAAUAGCAGCAUCCCAAACAUGUCUGGCUGUGUCUCGUUAUGUCACUUUGGCAUUGUUUAGAGGUUUAAGGGGUCCAUGUGUGGACUGUUUUGAGAAAACUUUUGGAGACAAAGCAUCAGAAAUCUGUUUCCAUCUCAGUGCAGUUGCAUUUUAUUUGUAUUUUGCUGUACAUUUAGAAGUUCUAAUGAAAUCAGUACUGUGUUGUCCAUACAUCCUAAAGUUACAAAAGCUUGAUUUAAGCUUUGGCUGUGCAUUUUACCAUACCCAAUGUUUUUCAGAUUAAAGACAAUUGAUCAUAUUGACUGUGUCCAACAUUUUAUAAUAUAUGUACAUUCAGUAAGACCAUAUUGCCCAGUUACAUGUAUCUUGAUACUAAAUGUUUGAUUAUUAUAUAAAUUUUGUAUCAAUUUCAAUUACUGAUAUUUGGUCAGUGAAUAAUUAAAUUUGGUCCAAAUUAUUGUAAAGCAAUGUAUUGCAGAACAUAGUGGAUUGUACAGUUUGCUUUUGUGAAUUGGCUAUUUGUAAUGUGAACAUGCACUUCAUCUGUAUUUUGCCUAAAUGAUUCACAGUUUGCCACAAAUUCGUAAUAAAUUUGAAUGUAAAGUC